AUGCGUAUUCUAGGAUCCAUACAUCUGCCGGUGUUGUUUGACGGCGAUGCGCGAGUAGGAGACGUAGAGGCCUGUACCAGCAGCAUCCGGGGUGCCAUUUCUGUCGAUUGCACCAUACGCCUCCCAGUUGCAAGCCCCCUCCGCAACGCUCGACACCAGUUCAGUCUACUGACGGCUACCCCCGACAACGCCCCCGCAGUGCCCGCCGUUCCCACAGGUGUGCCCAGCUACGAGGACGUGGUGUGGGAGGACGACACCUCCUUCGAGUGGGACGUGCGACAAGUUCCGGAGACCACCGGCGUCGAGGGUUUCACCACUCGCGCGGGGGAAGUUGCGGCUGUGGGACCACAACCGCAGGACAGGCAGCUAGUGAUGGUCUUGCCGACCAAACGGUUCGAUUCAGAGCAGGGAGCUGUAGUGGAAGUAGCUCGCGCGUUGAUGUGGUGGGUUCCGGGGUCGCCUGUUUCGUGCAAGUUGGUCAACCGUGGUAAGGAGAAGGUGGCAGUCGAGGGUAGCCGGGUGAUAGCUCGCAUGGUAGCACUCAGUGUUCGCGACAAGCCGGCUUUCGAUUCGCUGUUUGACACUGCCCCCUCUGCUGCCGACCCACCCCUGGCUCCCCGUGAACCGCGCGCCCCGAGCCCGUCCCCACCUGAUGGGGAAUCCAUUCCGCGUGUUCGCGUAGAGGACGCCAACCUGGGGGCGCUGGGGACGCUCAAGAAGCAGCAACUCGUCAACGUCCUCGCAGCGUUCAUCGAAAACGGCCUGUUUCCGAUCGACCAAAAAGCGAGUGCCGGCUUGCAUCAACGAUGGAAAUCGCCGAGAAAGACCGUUAUAAGACGGCCUUUCGAGAUGCGGAUGAAUAAGUCGGCUUUGGGGCAUCUAUUGGGCGUGUUUAGCUGGCUUGACGACAUUCUCAUCGCUAGCGGCACGUGGAAAGAACAUCUCGCCACUCUGACGCUCGUUCUGAACCGCCUUCUGGCUGCGGGGCUGUCCGUAACCUUCGCGAAGUGCAUUUUCGGCGCAGCAUCGCAGGAGUUCCUCGGCAUGAUUAUCGACAGCACGGGCCUGUACACUGCUCCGUCUAGGCUAGAUGCAAUCGCACGCAUGCCUCGCCCACACACCGUAGAAGAGCUGCGCACGUUUUUGGGUCUCACCGGCUACUUGUGUCAGUUUGUACCCAACUACGGUUUGACUGCCGCUUCGCUCACCAACAUUAUCCUGCGCAACAAAGCCUUCGCUUCGAAACGUGCACGCAAGCUUCCUAUCCCGUGGUCCGCAGCUGAGGAAGGCGCCUUCCAGUCUUUACGAGAAACGUUGGCUUCCCCGAAGGUCCUCGCUUUCCCUUACCUUGAGCGUCCGUUCGAACUGCACACGGAUGCUAGCACGCUGGGUGUAGGAGCUUCGCUCAUGCAGACAGUCGAUGGUGUCACCAGAGCGGUCGCGUUCGCGAGCCACCGGUUUUCACAAACCGAUGCUAGACGCGGGCCCACGGAACGAGAAUGCAUGGCGGUCCUCUGGGCGGUAGACCACUUCCGGCCGUACCUAGCUGGUAGACGGUGGGCGCUGCGGCUGAUGGAGUACGACCUGGAGCUGGAAUGGAAGGCGGGGGUAGAGCACGUAGUGCCCGAUGCUUUGUCCCGGUUGCCCGUGGCGAACCCGGUAGAGAGAGGGCGACGUCGACGAUUCGUUUCCGGAUGAUCUGUCGUUUACUGCAGGCGCUGCGG